CGCCGCCGUAGUCGUCGUGGCCCGUCGCAACCGGCAGUCGCCCGUCAACGUUCGAACGAGCAACACCCGCGUGCGCACACCUCUCGUCGUCCGCAACACUCGCGCGUUUCGUUUACGUUCCCUUUCGCCGGGGUUUCAAUCAUUUUUUUUUUUUAUUUAAAUCUCAUCUCGCCGUCAGUCGAACCCACGCGUUUUCGUCGACACAGUGCUAAUGUUAUAAUUUUUUUUUUCUUUUUCACUCGACCACUACAAUGCGGUGCGAUAUUUGACGACGUUCCGUCGUGUACUUUUCAUUUUUGUUCUUUCUUUCCCGUCGUAACCCGGUCGCGCGCAAGUUCGUCUUAUGGGUCUCGUCAAAAAAAUGGAAUGGCUCAAGUGGAUACGGAAAUAUUCUGCAGGCAUUCUAGACACGAAAACUGGUAGCAUGGAAACGUUAAUUGAUUCGGCCAGUUCGAAAACCAUCAAUUACGCUUAUGCUUCGUCGGUAAUUGCUGACGAUGAAUUCAUUAACGCCGCCUCACCCCCGCACCAACAGCGGCCGAUGUUGCCUCCACCGACUACUUCACAAGAUUCGCCGUCGCCGCCGCAGCUUCCCAACGACGUGUACGACUGCUGCGUGUCGCUCGACGGAAUACCCAUCAAACACGAGUUUCAGUACACCCUGUCCGACACGGACGGAUACGGGAAAAUUACCCAACACGAUGUCGAAGGACUGGCUUUGAAAAUACUCGAGUCCAUGUACGGGACGACGUUGAAGUUCUCGUCCCGAGGUCAGCGAACUGUCAAAGUGACGCUUAACGUCAGGCAGUCGUUGGCGGAGUACAACGCGGCCGCGGCGGCCAACGCGUCACCGAUCCGGGGCCAUCAUCUGCAGCCGACCGUCCGAGAGCGAAAGAGCAAAACGGAGAGCAGAUCGCGGCGUGAUGACCGCAGGACCGCGGACGAUUACGAUCCCGUGCAGGACCCCGAGUACCAGGAGUACGGCGCUAAGGGAUCGCCGCACCAAAGGAUCAAAUCAGGCGCGCAGCGAUACAGGCGCGAUCAACUGGUCGAAAUGGUGCAGAGGAGUCUGGCGGAAAACUUGAGUUUCCAAAAUCUAAGGAAAUCAACAAAGCCGGAAGGCUAUCACAGGCCGCGGACGAAGCGCCGUCAGUCCAGCAACUACAACGUAGGAGAGCAGCUACAAUCUUCAGCCGUCAAGCCGAAAACGCCAGUCAAGGAGGUGGCGUGGAGCCCGUACGACUUCGAAACGGUCGCGCACAUUCCGUCACCGCAUCACCACCGGCAGCACUACCACCAGCAGCAUCAGCAGAAACACGAGUAUCUCAAGAACGUUAUAUACAGAGGGCAGCCGUUAUACGGGGAAAGGGUCCAUCCGCAGCUGUCGUCGGCCGAAAAACACCACGUGCAGGUCAAGUUGUCCGGGGUCGGUGUCUCCCGGCAUCAAAACCGAGUAGCUACUGCCGCUGUGGUCAGCAGCAACCAGCAGCACCAACAGCAGCAGCAGCAGCAGCAUCAACCGAAAGAUUCGGUGACCCAAGAACAAACCAAAAAUAUUGAUCACCAGCGCUACAAACGCGCCAAACUGGCGUCCAAGAAGAUUCAUCAUCAUAUCCACGAACACCAUCAUUAUCAUCAUUAUGACUAUUACAUCGUCUGAAGUCUUUACGACAUACUGCAGCAUGUAGGAGAGGAAAAAAUCGUUAAUUUUUUUCUCCUUCUAAUAUUGUAACAAUACGUUCUGUACAAAGCAGUUUGUGUAUUUUACAAACAUGUUCAACUCUCCCUCCCUCCUCUCACCCCAUGCAUGGUACCGACUGGUUCAGUGAAAUCGAAAACGAUAUACGUUGUCCAACAAAGAGUGUAACUUGCACUUACUUAAUGUUAUGUCCCGGGAUCCCUCGUUCCGAUUUCUUGAAUUUCAAGUAAAACUAUAUUGUGCGUUGAAAAUAUAUGGACGAAAAAAAAUUGUUUUCGAUUGCACCUGUUAUCGGCGCAACGCUGCCUAUAAUUUAUUAUUAUUAUUCUUUUUAAUUAUUUUUGUAAUUAUUAUUAUUAUUAUUAUUUUUUUUUUUAAACUCAUUUGUUCAAUAUGCGCCCUGUAAAAGGAUUUAAUGAGUCUACGAAGUUUGAUUUAUGCGUGUACACCGCCCACCCGUAGUGCGUGUCUUUAACGCUCCAAAUCAAAUGUGCCCCAAUUUCGUGUUCCAUUAGAAAUCGUCAUCUCAAAAUAAAAUACCGCGUGAACAAAGAUUCUUCUGUGUUCUCUGCCGAAUCCUCACAGCAACGUCCCUCCCUCGAACGGGUAACGUCAUAUGUAAUCAAACUUUGAGCCAUAUAAUUAUCUGAAGUAUUUUGUGAAUGUGUUUAACAGCCCUAAGUUCCUUUUUUUUUAUUUAUAUGUAUACUAUCGUACUGUAUUUUUUUCAUAAUAUAAGUUUUUAAUCGAUCA